UUAUUUGGCAGUUCUCCCUUUUCAUUAACAAGGAUCAUUAGGGGGAAGUAAAUCAUGAAGCUUAUAUUUUUAUCCAUUUUUGCCAUAUUUUUACUGUCUGCUUUUGACCAUGCAGACUCCAAUGCUUAUUAUGACAAAAUCUUGUCCCAUAGCCGAAUAAGGGCAAAUAAACAGGGUCCAAAUGUCUGUGCUUUGCAACAAGUCAUGGGAACCAAAAAGAAAUAUUUCAGUACCUGCAAAAACUGGUAUCAAGGUGCUAUCUGUGGCAAAAAAGCGACUGUUUUAUAUGAAUGUUGUCCUGGUUACAUGAAAUUGAAUGGUCAACCAGGAUGUCCUGCAGUUGCUCCUAUUGACAAUGUGUACGGAACCCUUGGCAUUGUGGGAGCUUUAACAACACAAGAAUACUCAGACAGAUCAGAACUGAGAAAGGAGAUUGAAGGCGUUGGUUCCUUUACUUUCUUUGCCCCCAGUAAUGAUGCAUGGGACUUGCUGGAUUCUGAAACACGUGAGGCUUUGCUUAGCAAUGUGAAUAUUGAGCUUCUUAAUGCUCUUCAUUUUCAUAUGGUUAACAAGAGGAUGUUAACAAAAGAUCUUAAAAAUGGCAUAUCUGUUAAAUCUAUGUUUAAUGACCAAGAUCUUUUAAUCAACCAUUAUCCAAAUGGGAUUGUCACUGUUAACUGUGCAAGAAUAAUCCAUGGUAACCAGAUAGCAACAAAUGGUGUUGUCCAUGUGAUUGAUCGGGUUGUUACUGCUGUUGGAAAUACCAUUGAAGAUUAUAUUGACUCAGAGGAUGAUCUUUCAUCUCUUAGGGCUGCUGGUAUUGCUUCAAAUCUGUUGGAAACCCUUGGAAAACCUGGGCAUUAUACUCUUUUUGCACCAACCGAUGAGGCUUUUGAGAAACUUCCAAGAGGAGUGCUUGAGAGGAUAAUGAAUGAUAAAAAUGCAGCUAAAGCUCUGUUUCAAUACCACAUCCUUGACACUGUUCAGUGUUCUGAAGCUAUUAUGGGAGGAGCAGUUUAUGAUACUUUGGAAGGAAGCACUCUUCAGGUUGGAUGUGACGGUGAAAGCUUGACAGUUAAUGGCAUCAAGAUGGUAAAUCGCAAGGAUAUUGUUACAAGCAAUGGCGUCAUUCAUCUAAUUGACCAGGUUCUCAUUCCUGAUUCUGCCAAGCAAGUCCUUGAACUUACAGGAAGCCAACAAACCAGUUUCACUGACCUCAUGGCACAGCUGGGGUUGGCAGCUGCUCUGAGACCAGAAGCAGAAUAUACUCUACUGGCACCAUUAAAUGGAGCAUUCACUGAUGAUAUUAUGAAAAUGGACCAGCGUGUUCUUAAAAUUAUUUUGCAAAAUCAUAUUCUGAAAAAGAAAAUUGUUCUUAAUGAGCUUUACAAUGGACAGACAUUGGAGACAAUGGGUGGAAAAUAUCUCAGAGUCUUUGUUUACCGUACUGCUGUUUGUAUUGAGAACUCUUGCAUGCUUCGUGGAAGCAAAGAAGGAAUAAAUGGUGCAAUCCAUACCUUUAGAGAAAUUAUCAAGCCAGCUGAGAAAUCUUUCCUUGAAAUUCUGAGCCUUGACAAGCGUUUUAGCAUUUUCCUGAGCCUCAUUGAGCAUGCUGAAUUGAAAGAACUUCUUUCUCAACCUGGAGCCUGGACCCUGUUUAUUCCAACCAAUGAUGCAUUUAAGGGACUCAGCGAUGAAGAACUAGAAAUCUUAAAACGAGACAAAGUUGCACUUCAAAAUAUUCUUCUUUACCACCUGGCACAAGGAGUAUUCAUCGGUGGAGGAUUUGAACCUGGUGUGACUAAUAUUCUCAAGUCUCUUCAAGGAAGCAAGAUCAUGGUUAAAUCUGUGAAUGACUCAAUUUCUGUGAACGAUGUUUUCUCAAAGGAAGCUGAUCUUAUGGCAAGCAAUGGUGUAAUCCAUGUGGUAGAUAAACUACUCUUCCCAUCAGAUGUAUCUGUUGGCAACGAACAGCUAUUAACUAUUCUUAAUAAAAUUAUCAAGUACAUCACUAUUAGGUUUUCUCGGGGUAGCACUUUCAAGGAAAUCCCCCUCACUAAAUACAUUACCAGGGUUAUUACUACUAGGCUAGAACCUAUUGUCAUUGAAGAGCCCAGCAAAACUAUCACAAAAGUAAUUGGUGGUGGUCAUACAAUCCACAGAGUUAUUAAAGGAGACAGUUUGACUGAAGAUCAAGAAAACAUAAAUUCAGAACCAACAAUUACACGAGUAACAAAAGUAGUUGAAGGAGAUCCCGAAUUCAAAGUUAUUCAUGGCGGUGAAACUAGAGUUACAAAAGUAAUCCAAGGAGAGCCAUCCAUAACAAAAGUCACACGGGUGAUAGAAGGGAAUCCAGAUUUCAGCUUGGUUAAGGAAGGAGAAACUAGAGUGACCAAAGUCAUUCAAGGUCCAGAAAUAAAAUACACACGUGUUUCCACGGGUCUUGGAUCUGACACAGAUGAUGCUGAACUUAAAAAGCUGCUUGAAGAAGAAGUCACCAGGGUUUCCAAGUACAUUGAAGGUGAUUCACAAAUACUUGAAGAUGAAGAGCUGAAAAGGCUUCUCCAGGGAGGUUCCCAGAUCUCCAAAGUUACAACAGUAGUUGAAAGAGAGCCGACAGAAUCUGUACAAAUUUCAAAGAUUGUAAAAGAACCACAGGUUAGGCGAGUACAGACCACCAGAAGAGUACAAGGCUAACUAGCUUUCAGCAAGUAUUCUGAUAAUGAUAAAACCAUAAGGUCAACCACUAAGGAGAAGAAUGAAAAAAAAGGCACCAGUCUUAAAUCGUUGAGAAACAACAGAAGCACUAAAAAAUAGAAAAAAAAAAUAUUGAAGAUUUCUUAAGAAAAAAAAAAGAAAUUUAUAAUUUUGGAAAUAGGGGUUACCUGGACUAACUGACGUCUUGCACAAAUAUGUUUUUAACAAAAUACAUUUUUAUUGUGGUUCAGAAACCAAAAUUAUAUCAGGAAUAACAUAGGGGAUUUGCCUAAAACAGUUUAACCUGAUCAAAAUGGGGUUAAAUGUAUGCAACAAAGAAAGAUUAUUUUUUAUAAAGUACUACGCUCCAUAACUAAUCCUCAAUAACAGAGGCUGUUAAACUGCACACUAUUAAAAAUUAAUUAUGGAUGCUCAGUGGAAUUAAAACUAUGAAUAAUUUGAAGUUAUAGUAAAGGUUAAAUAGUAAAUGUCAGUUUUAAUAAAUGAAAGUGUUGAAACCCAGGAAGGUUAAUAUAAAGCACACAUUUCCUGUGAAAACUUGUCUGUUUUAGAAAAGAAAUGUUGCAUCCAUAGGUGCUAGUUAAUAAAGCUUUAUUUUAUCAAAGAAUGUUAUGCUACGUUUUUGGUACUAACACAUUGAUUUGUUUGUAAAUUAUGCAAUUUUUAUAACUUUUUGGUUUUGUAUGCAUAAAUGAUGAUGUCAUUUGCUUCUUUUUUUUGUUCACAAAAGUUGCAAUGCAACUAGGUAUUCUAGGGAGGUAAUGUUUACUUUAAGUUACUGUGCCUUUUCUUUAAAGGCAUUUGGCUUCAAAAAUCUAUUGGGUGUGCCUUUAUACCUCUGAUUUUAUUUUAUUUUUUAAAACAAAUACUCAAUAAAAAUAUGGUUGAAACAUG